AUGGGCCAGCUGGCCAUGUACUUGACCAAUGUGCUUAAAAACUCGCCUGCUGGAGCCAUUCUGCCUGUGAGCCAGGCCGCUGGGCUCGCAAACCCAGAGAAGCAAGGCAUGGUGCCAACAGCUGGGACCUCGGCUGGAGUCCCACAGACAGGGGGGCUGGCCAGGUCUGGGUAUCAGCCAAACACUAACGUGAUACCUGUGGAGAACACAUCCCUCCUCAACAAUCCUUCAGUACCCGUGUAUUGCCAGAAAGGAAAGCUGGAUUACAAAAUGAAAUUGUUCUUGCUUGCUGCCUGCAUCCUUGGGAUGGCAGUCUGCGCCCCUCAGCAGAUGUACAUGGAGUUUGACAUCGUUCACGCUCCGGCUCAGGCAGAGCAUCUUAUUCCUGCUGGAGCCCCAGCUGAUACACUGGACGUUCUUCUCCCGGUUGAUGCCAAAGGAAGGCCUAUUGCAGGAUUUGGCCGUGGCUUCAUUAAGCAAGACGUCUCCUGGCCGAACGUUAAAGGCACUAGAGAAGUGUACUACCCUUUCGGUUUUGACCCACCAAAACCUGCUCCUGUUGUUCCUGCUGCCCCUGUUGUACCUGUGGCCCCUGUGGACCCUGUUGUUCCUGCAGCUCCUGCAGUUCCAGCUGCCCCUGUUCGACGCAUCGUUGCUGCUAGUAAACCAGCUGCCGAACCCAGCAGCGAUGAUGAUGAUGAGGACGAUGACUAAACCGAGAGAUGAAUAAAACAAGACCAUCACAGUGAAGAGGACCAGCCACUGCUGUUUUUCAAAAUAUGAAACAUGAAAUGUUUUUGAGAAGAAAAUAGUAUUCCUAUUUCUUAGGUAAUAAAUGGCUCCCUGCACAUGGUGCAAUGCUUGUCUGUGAAUUAAAAGCAGAAAAAGGGGCUGUGAAUCGUAAUAUGAAUGUUGCUAAAUGAAGAUGAGUGUGUUUUUUAUCCCAGUUUUGAGUCCUGCAUGUUUGUAACUUCUAUCAAAUAAAAAACAACUCAUCCAUU